AUGGCAGCAACCAAUUCCUCUCCGCCUCACAACCCAGGACCACCAGUAACACAAAAACCCCAACAAAACCAGCCACCCAUUCAGAAACAGCAGCAAACCACCCCAACAACCCCCUAUGUCAACCAAGACCCCAGACUCGAACAACUCAAGAUUGUCAAAGCAGAAAGAUGCCAAACAAAGGGACCCAACCCCCAGCCAACCCUCAAAGUCUUAGUUGUGUGGAAAGGACCACUGCCAAAAUCCCUGAAUCUUGGCAUGUGGGGCUCCAUCCCCACCAUGGACUACACGCCACAGCCUCUCAGAUGUUUCAACUGUCAGAGGAGCCUCCCUGGACACUCGCAAACCACCAGACCCCAACAGACAACUGCAGCUCCUACCACCCAGCAGGGAUCAAGGUCCUACGCUACUGCAGCUAGGGGGCCUCAACAGGCUCCCAAAAACAGUCACACCCCCAGCAUAAGUCACAGUCCUAUGCUUAGACCCAUCAAACCACAAAACCAGCCUCAGAAGAAAGAAAUUAAAAUACACGCCAAACCACACCCAGACCAACACACUCCAAAAAAACAAAUCACCAAUCCAAGAAGAAAAAUCAGUUUUUCAGAACCGGCCAUGCCAACAAACACAUACGUUUUGACCUUUCCUGUUCCCAAAACCCGACCUAUCCUCCUCGCUCCAAAUCCCAAAGCCAGCUCCACUGUUCCCGGCUCCCCAAAGCCAUACAACCCAUUGUCCCCUCCUCCUCCUCCCCCACAAAUCAACAGGUAUGAAGUUCACCCAGAGUUAAAACACAACAAAAUAUUUUGCCCAGACCCAAGAUCUCUCAAAUCUCCUAGUGCAAAUGCUAUUCAAGUUGCAGAAUUGACAGGAUCCAACUUCUUGGAAGACAUUGCCAAGAAGUGGUUGACUAGUGCAUAA